AUGUCGUCUUCCUCACAUAAAAAGAGAAGGUUGAGAAAAUCUUCCAAGGUAGAUAGGAUAAGCGACCUGCCGGAUUCAAUUCUGUGUCACAUACUCUAUUUUCUUCCAACCAAACUUGCUGCAACCACAAGUGUCCUCUCAAAAAGAUGGAAACUAUUGUGGCUUUCGGUUCUAGCUUUCGACUUUGACUCCAGCCGCUUCAAAACUUCUGAUCUCUUUCUUCGUGUGGUGUAUUCAACGAUAUACCGGCGAGAUAUCGCACUACCAAUCCAUUCGUUUCACCUCAAAUCUCGUAGUUGGGACAUCCAAAAGGAUGUCAAUCAAUUUGUUUACCUUGUAGGGCAACGUGGAAUACUAAACUUAUGCCUCGACCUGUCUAAGAUUUGUCGCUAUAUAAUUGAAUUACCUACUACUAUUCUUAGUUCUGGAACGCUAAAGGUUCUUAAGUUGAGAAACUUAAUUGUAGGAGAUAAUUCUCAAGUGGAUUUACAUUUACCUAGUCUUAAAACUCUCCAUUUGAAUAGGGUUGAUUUUGAAUGUCAUGAGCAUCUAAUGAAGAUUUUAUUAAGUUGUCCUAUUCUAGAGGAUUUGGAAACUAAGCUUUGCUGUGUGAUGGAUUUCCAAAGCCGUUUUUCGGAUGAAUUUGCAGCCUUUCCCAAUUUGAUCAAGGCAAGGAUUACUGAAUUCUAUAUUCCACUUAGUAUGGUUUGUAAGGCAAAGACGCUACAUAUUGAAGUGGUAUGA